UUCCUUCUCUGUGCUGAACAACUUCCGCUGUUCCCCUGCACAGGGCCCCACUGCAGCGGCUUUCACCUGGAACGCAAGGCAAGGCUGGAGAUGGCUGAUAGCAAGGAGGACCCUGCUGUGUUCACCUCCACUUGUUUGCCCUCAGACCCACGGCUCCUUGCUACAGUGACCAAUGCUUACCUGGGCACACGUGUGUACCGUGACAUCCUCCAUGUCAAUGGGGUGUACAAUGGGGCGGCAGGGGAUACACACCGUGCUGACAUCCCCAGCCCGCUCCACGUGAGGAUGAUAGUGCCUGAUGGUGGGGAUAUGCCUGUUGAGACCUUCACCUUGAACACACGGACAGGAACCUUCAGUCAUAAGCUUCAGUCACCCAGUUACACAGCCACGCACCAGAUCUAUGCUCACCAUUCCCUCGUCCACCUGAUGGCCUUCAGCAUCACCAUCCGACGAUCAGCUGGCACCAGCCAGCCCAUCACUGUGCAGCUCCACGCUCCUUUUGUGCCAAAGAGCCAGGACUUGGACCUGCAGCAAGGACCAGACUUCCAUGGAGCACACUACAUCUAUGGGCAAACACUGGUUCCUGAGGUGGAGGGGGGACCCCAGCCCACCGUGCACAUGCUGUGGACUCCUGUGCCUCAAGCUGUCACCUUGCAUGAGGAGGAGCAGGAGCAAUGCUGGGAGUUCCUGACUGCUGUGGCUGAGAGCGAGGAGGAGGCCAAGAGGAGCUACACUGAAGGGCUGGCACAUGUGGCUGCUGGCUCCCUGCAUUCCUCCCAUACCCAUGCCUGGGCUGCUCUGUGGAGAGGAUGCUGUGUGGACCUGGAAGGUCCAAUGCCUUUGAGACAGGCUGUCUAUGGGUGUCUCUAUUACCUGCUGAGUGCCAUCCCACCCCAAGAUACGUCGGGAUUCCGCUUCCACGGCAUCAGCCCUGGUGGUUUGUCCAAUGGCACACAGGGAGAGGACUACUGGGGACAUGUCUUCUGGGAUCAGGACACCUGGAUGUUCCCAAACAUCCUGCUGUUUUACCCCAAAGCUGCCCGAGCCAUCUUGGAGUACCGGAUUGGCACGUUGGAAGGAGCUCUACUCAAUGCGCAGGAGCAAGGCUACAAGGGUGCCAAGUUCCCAUGGGAGAGCGCAGCUACCGGCCGGGAGGUCUGUCCUGAGGAGAUUUAUGGAGCCCAAGAGAUUCACAUCACUGGGGAUGUUCUGAUGGCCUUUGAGCAGUAUUAUUAUACCACGCAGGACCACAAGCUGUUCAGGAUGGAUGGAGGCUGGGAGCUGGUGAGAGCCGUGGCUCAGUACUGGUGCAGCAGGAUGGUGUGGAGCGAGGUGGAGCAAUGUUACCACAUCCGAGGUGUCAUGCCUCCAGAUGAGUAUCACCACCAGGUUGAUAACUCUGCUUACACCAACGCCGUGGCACAGCGGAGCUUGAAUUUUGCAGCCAGCAUUGCUCGGGACUUCUUGAUCCCUGUGCCAGAGGAGUGGGUGGAAUGUGCAAAGAAACUCAAAGUGCCCUUUGAUGCAGAGCGGAAAUAUCACCCUGAGUAUGAUGGUUACAGCCCAGGUGAGCCUGUGAAACAAGCUGACGUUGUCUUGCUGGGCUUCCCUCUGAUGCACCCGAUGCACCCUGAGGUGCGAAGGAAUGACCUGAUGAUGUAUGAGCCGGCCACCGAGCUGAGUGGGCCAGCCAUGACUUGGAGCAUGUUUGCAGUGGGCUGGCUGGAGCUGAAGGAGAUGGAGAGAGCACAGGGCCAACUGAACAAGUGUUUCAACAACAUCACCGAGCCCUUCAAGAUCUGGGUGGAGAACUUGGAUGGGUCAGGAGCCGUGAACUUCUUGACAGGGAUGGGUGGAUUCUUGCAGGUUAUCCUCUUUGGUUACACAGGGUUCAGGAUCACAAAGACCAGCCUCCGCUUUGACCCUGCAUUUCCCAGUGAUGUCAGGAAGCUGGAAGUCACUGGUGUCUCCUACUUGGGCAGCAAGCUGAAGUUCAGUAUUACCAAGGAGGAGAUGAGGAUUGGAGUGACUAAGUGUCCCCUUCACCCUGCCUUGGAGGUGGUGCUGGAGGAGUCUGGGCGGCGCUUUCCUCUUCAUGAAGGGCAGAGCAUCUCCUUCCCCACAGCAGCUGGAUGCAUCCAGAGGGCACCCACUGAAGGACUUUGAACCUCAAGGGUUUGUUUGCAUGAUGGGCAUCAAACUCACCUGUACUGAUGAGUGGACAUCCUGCACCAUCCCCUUAAUGGAUAUGAGAUGCUGAAGCUGCUGAGGGAAUUAUCUGCUCUGUUAAUUGUGACUGUGAGCAUUGCUUCUGCUGCAGAACUUGCAGCACUGGGAAGUGGGAGGAGCACAAACAAAGCCAAGUGCCUGAAAAUGAUUAAUGUAGACAUGUUUCCUAAACA